AUGUUCCUCCUGUUCUCUCAGAGUUUCUACUGGAGUUUAAAUCCUUUUAGAGGGGAAACGGCCAAAGAAGAAGAGGCUCUUCUGUUCCACCAAACGAACAAACUAAGCGUUUCCCGUCUGGAACCAACCCGACGGAGCUUUGCUUUUUGCCUUGAGGUGGCUCUGUCCAGCCUUUCUCCUGAGGAGCCCAGCACCAUCAUCCAGUUCACCUACGCCUCCAACGCGCAGAUGUUCUCUCUGCUCAAGAGGACGGCCGCCAAAUGUUCCCAGAUCUCCCGGGCCUACAGCAUCGGCCGCAGCCAGGAGGGCCGCGACCUGCUGGUCAUCGAGUUCAGCAGCAACCCCGGGCACCACGAGCUGCUUGAGCCGGAGAUAAAGCUGGUGGGAAACAUGCACGGGAACGAGGUUCUGGGCCGGCAGCUGCUGCUGUACUUGGCCCAGUAUUUGUGUUCGGAGUACAUGCUGGGAAACCAGAGGAUCCAGGCCCUGGUCAACUCCACCCGCAUCCACAUCCUGGCCUCCAUGAACCCCGAUGGCUACGAGCUGGCCGCGUCCGAGGUAGAGGAUAGCACUGACCCAGCGCUCUACAACCAGGAACUGUUCUCAGUGCGGCUUUUAACACGUCCAGGUGUCGAACCUAAAACGUUUCAGGGUCACCUGCUGAACGGUUGGACAAACGGCCGAACCAACGCCCAGAACAUCGACCUGAACCGAAACUUCCCGGACCUCACCUCCAUCACGGUGGAGCUCGGCUGUGACAAAUUCCCCUCGGAGGCCGAGCUCUACCCG